UCAGAUAUAUUAUUAUUAUUCAAACGGAGGCUCCUAUAAACCUGGAUCCCAAGCUGAUAGAUUGACCAUUGUCCAUAAUCCUCCAACCGGCGGGGACGCUUCAAUCCAGCUAAGCAAUAUCAGGGCGUCCGAUAACGGAUCUUACGCAUGCGAAGUGAAUAACCCGCCUGACUUCUCCGGAACCGGAUCAGGGAUCGUCCAGCUUACAGUUCUGAGUAAGAUCAGGUUAAGUUCAUAGGGGGAAAAAAAUUCUCUUUUUAUAUACAGCACACAGCGUGGGUAAUAUAUACUGUUAGUAUACUCCAUAACCCCCUAAAUACAUACUGCACACAGUGUGGGUAAUAUAUACUGUUAGUAUACUCCAUAACCCCCGAAAUACAAACAGCACACAGCGUGGGUAAUAUAUAUAUUGUUAGUAUACUACAAAGCCCCCUAAAUACAUACAGCACACAGCGUGGGUAAUAUACAUACUGUUAGUAUACGCCAUAAUCCCCUAAAUACAUACAGCACACAGUGUGGGUAAUAUAUACUGUUAGUAUACUCCAUAACCCCCGAAAUACAAACAGCACACAGCGUGGGUAAUAUAUAUAUUGUUAGUAUACUACAAAGCCCCCUAAAUACAUACAGCACACAGCGUGGGUGAUAUACAUUUUAUACCAUGUCUCAUUUUCACCCUUGCUUUCUUACCACCCCCAAAUGAAUUUUAGAAAAGCUGAAUUUAAUAAUGAUAGGCAUUUUUCUGGAAAAUUGAGAGGGAUCAUUCUCCAAAGGUACAGUCAUUUUGGCAAAAUGUAUGCUUUUAAUAAAUUGAUUCUACUCAACCAGGAGAAUCCCAUUCCUCUCCAAUCCCUUAGGUUUUUAUUAGUUUGUUUUAGUAAAGGUAAAAAGUUGGCUUCUAUUAGAUCUUUUAGAUUCAAAGUUAUAGUUAUAACCAAAUAUUUCUUUUUUUCCCGGGAUCCCGAUAUUUUUUACAAUAAAAUCGGUAGACGUUUUAUCCAUAUUUUUAGAUAUGAAAAGUGAUUUGUCUAAAUUAAUCUUAUAUCCUGAAACUUUAGAUUAUCUGUUUCAGUAAUUCUGGGACUGAUGUUUCUGGUUCUUCUAUCGUCAAUAAAAUAUAAUCUACAUAAAUAUUCAAUUUCAAUUGUCCUACCUGGUCCUUAAAGCCUCAGAUUUUCUGGUUUUGUCUCAUUAAAAUCGCUAGAGUUUUUAGCACCAUUAUAUAUAGUAAAGGGGAAAGAGGACACCCUUGUCUUGUCCCAUUUUUAAUAUUAAAGUAUUAUGACACAAAUCCAGACCCUAUGACUUUAGCUGAUGGAGAGUUGUAGAGGGCGAAUAUAGCAUGUAGUAUUGGACCAUUAAUGCCGAAUUUUUUUAAAGUCAGAAGCAUGAAACCCCAUCCCACCCUACCAAAUGCUUUUUCUGCGUCUAAUGAUAAAAGCAAGAGUGGGAUUCCAGUUGUCUCUGUUUCUUCUAGUAUGUUUAUUAUUUUCCUUAGGUUAUUAAUUGGGGACCUCCCUGAUAUAAAUCCUACUUGGUCGUUAUUAAUUAGUUGUGGUUUUACUAUAUUUAGUUUUUCAGCAAGAAUAGAGGAUAGUAUUUUGAUAUCUGUAUUAAUCAGCGAAAUAGAUCUAUAGUUGCUUAUCAGUUCAGGGUCUUUGUCCACUUUUGGUAUUGGAACUAUAUUCACUCUCAGUAACUCCCCAGCACAUCUUCCUGAUCCCAUUAUGUGGUUACAAAUAUUUGUAAGUUCUCCUUUUAUCUGAUCUUUCAUUAAUUUGUAAAAUGUAUUUGUGAAGCCGUCCGGGCCUGGAGCGGUCUUUAUUUUAGGUUUUUCUAUUGCUUUACUAACCUCUACUUCUGUUAUGGGUUGAUUAAGCAGUUUCAGUUGGUCGGGCAGAAUUUUUGGCAUCUGUAUAUCCUUAAACAAAAAGAAAGAUAAAUAAAUAAAAUAUAAUAAAAAAAAAGAUUUUAAAAAAAUAGUCUCUCUCUUUUUCUUUUACCCUUCUUAACUCAUUCCCUGUGUGUAUUUUAUAUUCAUCCUUCCUUCAUACAGUUGUGACAUCUUUCUUUAAUAAAAUAGUUUGUGUGAUUUCUAGUAUAAGAAGGGGCCCUUCUAUCCACCUUAUCAUAGUUUAUUCUCCUGUGUUUAGUCUACAUUUUGUGUAAUAUCAAAGUUAUCCACCUUUAAAAAUAAAAUCUCUUUUUGUUUCCGCAGCCUUUUCUGAUUCGGUUUCUCUAUUCGAGGAGUUAAAUCUCGCUAAUGCCAAUUUCCCCCUUUCACUUUCUUUCUUUUCCUCACCUUUUCCCUUCCAUCUUUCCCUUCUUCCUUUCCUUAUUUUAAUUUGCUAAGGCCUUGUUGUUUUUUUUAUGGAUUUUUGGUGCCACUUCCAAUUUUCUUUGCUGUUAUCCAGCUUUUUAGAUCUUCUGCUUGGCUAAAAGGAAUAGACCUACCAUCGUGUAGUAUAAUGAUUUUCGGGGGGAAACCCCAUCGAUAUUUCAUAUCGUUGUUUCUCAAUAAAGUGAUGCUACCUGUAAAGGUUUUACUCUUGUGUCUGGUUUGCCAUGACAGAUCCUGAAAUAUUUUCAGAGACACUUUUGCACAUUUACCCUCUCUUGUAGCUCUUAAUAUUUGUAUCUUGAGUUUAAAAGAGGCGCAGCAUAUCAUUACAUCUCGUGGCAGAUGAUCUAGGACCCCUUUUGGUUUAUUCACUCUGACACCUAUCAAUCAGCAAAUAGGAAAUCUGGAGUCCCAAUCAACCUCCAGAUGUUUGAUAAAACCUUCUACAUUUGAUUCGAGAUUUAUUAUAUUUGUUCCAGUAUUCCUCUGAUUCUUAGGUUAUUUCUUCUUAACCUGUCUUCCAGGUCUAUCAGUUUGUUCUCAACCAUUUUGCUUUCUAGUACCGUAUAUUCUUCUCGGAGGACCUUUUCCCUAUGUUCUAUCAGGUCUAGUUUUUCCUCAAUACCUUGAAUUCGUGAACCAAGAGUCAAAGUAUUUGCUUGAAUCUCUUCUUUCAUUUUCCCGAAUUGUAUGUCUAGAUGUUUGAGUAAGUCGUCAUAGUCAUUUCCUUCUAGUCUUGGUUCUUCAUUUUCAUCACAUUGUUGUUUACUGAUGUCUCCCUCUAGUGGGUUAUCUAACAAAAGGGAUUCCGACAGGUUUGAUUUGUUACCUGGGGGACGUGAUGAGAGAAAGGAGAGGCAUUUUUCUAGUUUAUUUUCCAUCUUUUUUUCUUUUUUCAUCUGUUUGCUAUUUUGUAUCUUUUUAGUGGCCAUUUUUUAUUUUGUUUCAGAUAAUCUUUUAUAGAAGGCUGUGGUUUGUUUGAUAUAUAGGGCUACCUUUGGAUGCCUUUGAUUUUGUUGCUCCACCCCCCUCUGUAACCUACGUUCAUUGGAAAUUAGUUAAAAGAAAGACUAGAAAUUUACAAUCUAACAUCUAACAAUAUCACACAUGGACCCAGCGUAUAUAGAGCAGCUCUGGGUAAUAUGCUAAAAGUGGAGCAAACACCAUAGAAGCCAACAAAAUUUUCUCGCUGAUUGAUCCACUUUUAGGGUGCAUUCCUGAGGGAUUAAAUGUCAUUGUUUCCCUGUUUAUUCAUUAACCACUCCUAAUCCCUGACACCUAGAACUACACUAACUCUAAUUGUUUCUGCUUUCAGCUCCGCCGGGCUCCCCAAGUUGUCAGAUGUCCGGGAGCCCCAUUGCUGGCAGCGAUGUCACCCUACAAUGCAGCUCCUCUGGGGGAAACCCUCCCCCAAUAUAUUCCUGGACAUUUGUAGGAUCUAAGACGCCUUUACUUCCCGGAAUGAUGGAAAGUACGAAGUUUCUAAAGCCAGAUUUAAUUGAUAAAAAUCUUAUAAAUCGAAAGGGACAGGAGUAAUGGGGGUUAGUAGCAGAACAUGGACACAUAGAGACCCCGCGUCUGCACGAUGUCAUACCAGCAUGGGUGACGUGUCCCCAUAGAAACCAAUGUGAACUGUUGCCACACGCUCAGCAGAGCCAUAGAGCUGCAACCUGACAAGAAUGGAGGGACCGCAGGGGAGCCUGCCACUCAUUCCAAUGGAGAACGCUGAGCGAGUACAAUAGUGGUAGGCGCAGUACAUCCUCCCCCCAUGACAGACGUGAUCGUCAGAGAUGGGGGACACACAUUCUCCUUCUAUGUUUACUGGUUCAUUAGUGUACACACCAGUCAAGCAUUGUCUAUAGCAGGGGUAGGCCACCUUCGGCUUUCCGCAUGUUGUGGACUGCAUCUCCCAUAAUGCUCUUGCAGCCAUACUACAGGAGAGAUGUAGUCCAGAUCAUGCACUCCAGAAAAAUACAGCACCUGGAAUAUCCCCUGCUACGUGCUCCAUGAUGUCUUUAUCCUAGGAAUUAGCAGAAUGAUUUGGGGGAGAAUUUAGAAGCCAAUCGUCCCAUCCGAUCUGCCCUUCCCCCAUUUUAAAAUUCUGGCUUUCCACCACAUUGUGUUCAUGAAUGAGUCUCUACCCCCUCUGCUGGAAAGCUAUUCCAUGAAUGUACAACCCUUAGGUGACAGAUAAAUCUAGUACAUUCUUAUGUACUGGGACCUUGUAAUACCCGGUAAGAAAUCCAAAAUCUAUGUGUAGGUUGAGGGUGAAGGGAUGAGCUUUGGGGAAUGUCAGAAAAUGAAUGGAAUAAUUUUUGCUGUUUAAAUUGUGUUUUACGCAGGAUUGAUCCAUACAAUUCACGGACGUGUUUUCUUAUUUCUCUAAUUUAGACCAAAGAACGGGGGCUCUCCUGCUCACCAACCUGUCACAGUCAAUCUCGGGCAGCUAUAGGUGCACAGCAACGAACGAGCUCGGGCAAGCUACGUGUGACCUCAGCAUAUCAGUAACAAGUGUGUUUUUUUUUAAUCUCAAUAUUCUUUCAUUUUUGCAACAUACACAGAGGGUGUUCGGCAUACGAAGCACAGAUUAAAUUCAGCUCAGUAAAUCCUAUGUACCAAAGUGAGAGACACUUUACACACUAACAGGGUUAUUCACACAAAGUGGAUUUCAAACUUUAGACCAAAAAAGUUGACUGGAAACAUAGCUGACAUGGAGAAUGUUUUCCUUUUCAUUCAUUUUAGAAUAUGACGCCAGAUAAGAACCAUUCGGCCUUUAGUCUAAAAUUAUGGCCUUAAAAUAUGAAAUUUACUUUCUUCACUCUGAAUUUCUGUCAAUUGUUACAUUAUGAAAUAAUUCUAUAUGAAAUAACAACUGUCAGUCUUCUGUGAGUGUCCGGACCGCGGUAUACGAAAACCGAUAACCACGCUGCAUACGGUAUAUCCUCUGCAAAAUGCAUCAGAGAUUUAUAUCGACAUAGAAACACAAGGAAUAUAGUUGCUUGACAUAUUGGUUUUUAAGGUAAUUGCUCCUGUUUAGAAAUUUGCCCACUUUACUUUUGGCAGCAAUUUAAUAACUUGCUGCCAUUUUAUUAACAGGUGGCGUGACUGGCGUCCUCAUUGAGCGUGUGUUAUAUUUCUUGUCAUCUAUGCACCAGUGUUAAUUUUUGAUGAUGUUCAAACGGCUUUUAUUUGUUUCAUCUAAAAUGUACAACAGUGCGAUGUGAUAGCAAAAUAGGAGACACGCAGGUCUCACAAAAUCGGGAACAGCAAUAUGAUUAUAAAUGAAUGUAAACCUAAACAAUAUUAACAGUUAGAAGGUAUUACAGUAUCAGUAUCGGUAAACACAUCAUGUUACAUGCAUUCAAUAUGCAGACGUCUGCAUCUUAUGGUCGUACAUUAAGGGGUGAGUAUGUCACCUCUGGGUGAGUCAGGUAGUGACUAUGUAGUACGUGGCCAAGAUUCGCCUGUUAUCAUAAUGAUUGCAUAUAGCCUAGGAGUAUCUUCUAGGCGGGUAGGGGCCACUAUAGCGUCUGUGGUAUAGCUAACCUGAAAGUUUAAUUCGUAGGGGGGACUUGUCGUCCCAUACAAUAUUGAUAGAUAGUGGGUUUCCAUUGGGUCUUAUUUCCUUUGACCGCGUACACCUUGCGCAGGCCCUGUUUUGUCGUACGGGUGGUAUAAUCAGUUGGGUCAGUCUAGAGUAGUGGGCAGUAGCGAGUUAGCGGAGCAUCCGUAUAACACCUGAGGCCCAAGCCUGCCAUACCCUCCUGUUUGGCUGCGGUUGAGACUAGUGCACACGGUCAGUGAGGUCAGACUUUUGCGCGAGGGCAGGGAAAGAGAGCAAGUGGUGUAGAAAGGAGAACACGAAGACAGAAAAGGGUGGGGAAGAGAGAGGAAAGAUUUUUUUAAAAAAGAGGGGGGUUCCCGUGGAGCACCAGCGUUGUGCCCGUGGUAUUUUUGGAUCUGUGGUGUUCCGUGCAGUUCGGCGGUUGGAGGGGAGGGGGGGAGAGGGGUACCCCUCACGGGCCCCACCCCCGCACCCCGCCACACCACGUAGGCCAGCCACGGCCGCCACCUCUCAACAUGCUUUUCCUCCAAACCUAUCAACGAGGCGUGUUUCGAUUCCGCCCUGUGUAUCUCUUCCACCCGUUCUAUCCAUAGUCCAAUCGUUGGGGUUACAUCUUGCUUCCAGUGCAGCAGAAUCAAAGCCUCGGCGGCGUUCAACAGGUGUCGGAGUAUGGAUUUUCUAUAAACCCCGAUGGUGUCUGUUGUAGAGUGUAGGAGAGCUGCCUCUCUGUUGAAUCUGCCGUCCGUCCCCUGUAUUUCCUCCGUUCGUUGUUUGACCUCGUCCCAAAACAGUGUGAUGCGUGGGCAUUCCCACCAGAUAUGUAAGAUCGUUCCUUGUCCCUCUCCGCAUCUCCAGCAUCUGUCGGGUACCGCUGGUAAGAUUCUGUGCAGGCUGUCGGGUGUUCUGUACCAGAACGAUAGGAGCUUAUAAUUGGUUUCUUGAUAGUUGGAGCUAGAGGAGCAUUUGUGAUGUAGGACCAAGAUCUUUUCCCAUUGAGUUGCGGCGAAUGAUGUACCUAGAAUGCGUUCCCAGUGUCGGCGAAAGGUGUCCGCAUUCUCCAGGUAACCUACAAGGAGGUGUUGGUAAAUGAGGGAUGUUGACUUGGCUAGGUUGGUCCUUCGGUCACAGAGUGCCUCAAACCAUGUCAGGACCCUAUGUAGGGCUUCUUGGUGCGAUAGGGUUUGGUAGAAAUAUUUAAUUUGUGUGUAGCGGAAGAUUUGCAUUGUGGAUGGUUGGUCGUUGUCUAUCAAUUCCCGUAGUGGUAGUAUGCCUGUCUUAUUUAGCAUCUUAUAGAUGGGGAGGGAUUCUCCCCCACCUAGGAUACUCCAAGAUGUCGGCGGUAGCCCACCUCCUGUCUGGGGGUUAUAUGGUAGCUGUAUCAUCGGGCUCGGUGUUGGAGACAGCUGUGGAAUUUUUCUGAUGCUGUCCCACAUUUUUAGCAUCUGUGCCACAGUAGAGGUGCAGUCUAGGGGCGUCAGCAGGGGUCUCUUCGAGUUCCAUACUGUAGGGAGAAGUGACGACCCCAUGUGGGUCAAUCCAUUGUUUGUGUGCUGGGUGAGUAUGCCAUUCCAAGACCCGUUGUAGCACUGUAGCAUGAUGGUAUUUGCGGAGAUCCAGGAGUGCUGUUCCACCCCACGCUCAUGGCAGGCAUAGGAUUUCUUGUCUGAGUCUCGCCUGUCCCCCACCCCCACACGAAUCGUAUCAUAGCGGUCCGAAGCGAUUGAAAGUAUGCUGUCGGUAGGGCUAGAGGUAUCGUUUGGUAGAGGUAUAGGAUCCGGGGCAGUAUGUUCAUUUUCAGGAUCGCUAUACGGCUGAACCACGUCUGUAAGUUUCACUGUAUUUUUUGUAGCAAGGGUAGGAAUUUCGUCCGAUACAUGUCUCCCAGAUCCCUGUUAAGAGCUAUGCCCAAGUAUUGCAUGUGGUUCGGGCACCAUCUGAAUGGGAAUUGGCGCUUCAGUAUGUUGACUUGUGUCGGUGUUCAGUUUAAAUCCCGAUAUCUCCCCAUAGGUCUCAAAUGUCGACAUCAAGUGUGGUAGGGUGGUAUUGGGUUUGUUGAUAAUAAAUAAAAGAUCGUCUGUAUACGCCGCUACUUUGUGGGUAGUGCCCUUGCCAGAGAAUCCUAGACUCUCAUCUGAUCUGCGCACCACCUCCAGGAAUGGUUCAAGGGUGAAGGCGAAGAGCAUAUGGGAGAGCGGACAUCCCUGCAGUGUUACGUUCCGGAUCAGAAAGGGUUCAGUGAGUGCACCGUUCACUCUUACUUUGGCACUUGGGCAAUGAUAUAGCGCUCCUAUCCACUUCAUUAUGUUCUCCCCGAAGACCAUCUCCUGCCAUAAGGAACAACCAGUUUACCCGGUCAAAUGCUUUCUCAGCAUCUGUGGAGAGUAAUAGGAGGUUGUCUUUCGACCGCUUCGUCAGGUGUUGGAUGGAUUGGACCCUAAGAGUGUUAUCCCUGGCCUCGCGUCUGGGUAUGAAUCCCGUCUGAUCCGGGUGGACCAGUUUCGGCAGUAGGCCUCCGAUCCCGGUGGAUAAUAUCUUGGUCAGUAGUUUUACAUCCACAUUGAGUAGGGAGAUCGGUCUAUAGCUGCUGCAUAGUUCAGGGUCUUUCCCUGGCUUUGGGAUAACCGUGAUUGUAGCCGCCAGUGACUCCUGUUGGAACUGAGCGUCCUUGAUGAGAGCGUUGAAUGCAUUGGUAAGUUUUGGGAUUAAGAUGUAUUGGAAUUUCUUAUAAUAUUCUAGGGUAAAGCCGUCUGGGCCCGGUACUUGACCUGGUUUAGCUGCUUUGAUCGCUCCCGUCACCUCCGCCUCUGUUAUCGGUACCUCCAAGUCCUCCGAUUCCCCUCGUUGUAGUCUCGUCCCCAAAUAGGUUUCAAUGUAGUUCCGCAUUUUUUCGUUCCUAUCUGCUAUAUCAUUUGGUUGUGUCGUUUGCGGGAUAUUUCAUAGUGAGGAGUAGAAUGUUCGAAAUUCCGAGGCGAUCUUAUCCAGAAAUUGUGUGAUUGUGCCAUCAGCUUGCCGUAGUCUGUUGACCUGGGCUGGUCCCUGAGGACCUUUAAGCAUCCUGGCCAGUAGCCUCCCGCCUUUGUUCGCAUGUUGCUAAAAGAAGGCCUUCGAGCAUUGCAAUGAAUGGUAGUGACGGGUUGUCAUAUGUGUUUGAAGCUGUCUCCGGGCUUCCAGUAGCUCUGUGUAUGUCGACUCGAGGUGUGAUCUUUUAUGCUGUGUCUCGAGUGUAGAUAUGCGUUCCACAAGGUCGGUUAUUUGUCGUCGAGAUUCUUUUCUCUUUUUGGAAGCCAGGUGCAUCAGUGUGCCUCUAAUAAUGCUUUUAUGCGCCUCCCAGAUUGUGGUUGCGAUGUGGUCUUCUUGUGCGUUGAGCGUAAAAUAUGAAUUGAGUUCUUCGGAGACCUGUUCCCUUACUGUUAUGUCAAGCAGUAGCGAGUCUUGGAGCCUCCAUGCCCACGAGGUUGGGCGCAUCCUUGGGGAAUCUAUCUUCAGAAUGACUGGUCCAUGGUCGGACUAUUGUGCAGCUCCUAUCUCCGCUGUUUGAAUUGUCGUUAACUGUUCUUGUUGCAUGAAUAUAUAAUCUAUUCUCGAGUAGCGUUUAUGGAUCGUGGAGUAGUGGGUGUAUUCCCUGUCGUCGGGAUGCAUUGCGCGACAGCAAUCCACCAGUCGAAGGUUCCGUAAGGAUUUCAGUAUAUUUUGGAGAGCACCUUGAGUUAUGCAGCUGUGUCCCAUAGACGAGUCGGUGAGAGGGUGUAGUGGUACAUUGAAAUCUCCGCCUAGGAUCAAGGUUCCUUCUGUAAAGGAGGAGAGCUUGAGGAGGGUUUUGCAUAUGUAUUGGACUUGGUUAUUGUGUGGGACGUAGAUUGUUGCGAAAGUGUAUCGUCUAUCUUGAAUAUCUCCUUUAAGGAAGAGGUACCUGCCAUUUGCAUCCGACAGUCGGUCUGCUUCGCAAAAUUGUAGCUUCUCCUCUAGGAGGAUAGUUACUCCCGCCCUGUGGGCUGUUGGAUGGUUACUACAGGCGGCAUUGGGAUAGUGCUUACUUUUCCGCAUUGGGGCUGCACCCUCUUUGAAAUGCGUCUCUUGCAGGAAGGCUAUAGAUAUCCGUCUGAUGUAGAAGUCCUGUAGGAGUUGUGUCCUGCGCUCCGGAAUGUUGAGACCAUGGCAAUUCAAGGAUAAGAUUCGGUAUGGGUUGGGCUUGUAGGUCGCAAGAGGGCAAGGGUCCAUGGCGACUCCGCGGCAUCGCGUCCCACACGGGUGGGGCGGGGAGAGAGUGAGGAGCGAGAGAGGGGGUUGAAAGAAGAAAAACGAAAAGAGAGGGUGGGAAAAAUAAAGGGGGGUGGAGGUGUUAAGAGAGAGCUUGAGAAAAUGGAGGGGGUAACAAUCACCUCUUCACUCUCCUUCCCCUUCCAAGUGACGUUGCCUCAGUUAGAAUUGAAGUAAGUAAAUGAGAAUUAGAAUGCUCGCCUCUGAUGAGAGACGGCGAUUACACCUAUAUGUAGGUGUCAAGUAACCCUACUAGGAGGGAGUUUUCAUGUGACCACGGCAGCAAGCGACAGUCAGGUCUGCUAGAACAAGUCCAGCAGCGUCCAACUACCGUUUCCCCGUGGGAAGGGUUUGUCCACACAAAUAUGUUCGUGGUUAGUGGGUGUGUCCGGCAAGCAUCAAUACUCUGGGUGAUUCCUCUUCUAUGUGAAGCGUUAGGUUAGAAUCGUGGGCAACCACGGGUGCUCCGCCACCUCAUCAUUAGUCAUAUGUCACUUACGUGGAUUAGUGUAUAUAGUGAAUUGUAUCGUCGGCCUAAGUAGACCUCAAUGAUGAGGGGGCAUAUGUCGUCUUUUUAGAAGACACGGUGUGGUCUUGUUGGGGGCUAACCUUGCCUAUAUCACAGUCCCCUGUGGGGGCAGUAUGAGUCCGUGCAGAUCGUCAUGCAUUGCUGUAUGGUGGGGCGGGGAGAGAGCACAUCGUAACUUCAGGCUGGGGGGUUAAGCCUGUAAAUAGGGGUGUCUACCUGUGAGGGUCAACGAUCCGAUCCGGUCAAGUUAUGCGCGUCCAUUGCUCGUCGUAAGAUCCAGCGUGAUGCGGGGAUGUCGGGAGGGGGGGCCAAGUCACCGUCACCUGCAGCAGCUCAUGCUGUGUUUUUUGUAUGACACGGGGUGUCAGUUGUCUAGGGGAUGAGCUAGGCCAAUGUUAUCUGCCUACCUGAGGUGGGGAAGGUGCAUACAUGUCACAUGGGAAAAUGCAUAACAUACAUGACAUUUCACCCGUCGCAUAACGGCCUAAACUUGAGAUAGUCGGGUAUAUAAAAAGCCUGUAUACAUGUGACAGAGCCCCUCCAAGCUAGUAAUGCCCGUCCCAUGCCCCCCUCCCAAAACAGCCUGACCAACUCCAGGGGGAAGAAAAAGGGAAAAAAUGUAGGGGCAAGUGGGGUCCAAGGAGAGACAUGAGGGAGUAAUAGACCUUUAUCUUGACCACCGUAGUGAGACGUGGAAGCCUCCCACCCGAUCUAUGGUAGCAAUAUGGGCAGAUCUAUCCCCGUCCCCCACCCAAAGAGAAAAAAGGAAAAAAUAAAAUAAAAUUACAAGUGGCAGGCCAGGUGCCCACCCGAGCCGGUCGGCCAGCCUGCCGUGGCUAAGGUGUAGCUUAUGGGUCGCCUUUCACUAUAAUUCCUUCAUGUGCUGACCUACUGGACCAUCGAGGCACAGGUGGGCUUGUUCCCGGCUGUAGCCAGCUAUUCUUCUGGGUUAGUCAGGUGGGGGGGCAUGACACCCGGGUGGUUCUCCCUGGAGUCCCUCCGUGUUCGCCGGGGUGGUCUCUGGGGUCUGGGUUCUCUAUGCAGUGGUUCCAGGAUCCAGUCUGGUACAGCGAUAGGUGGUAAAUCCAGACGCUGCAGGAACCAUGGGAUUUCGUCUGGCCAGCGUGCGGCUACCCCCUCAUUGCGGUGGCGCACCUGUAUGCUGAAGGGGAAGCCCCAUUUAUAUGGAAUAUUGCGUUCCCUGAGGGCAGCUGUUCCCGGUUCCCUCCUGCUCAGAUACCCCUGUUGGAGCGGCGGCUCCUGUUGUCCAGGUCCUCCACCUGAUGGUGCAGGGCCAGUAGCAUGUUGCCCUGUCUUGUUAGGGCUGUGUCAGCAGCUGGUGUUUGGCGCUGCGUGGUCUGGGCCUGUGCUUCCAGAGUCUGUAUCCGGCUGCCCUGUGCAUCUAUGUCGGUCCUCAGUGCAGUCACUGCUGAGGUGAGGUAUGCUGUGAGGGUAGAGGUAAGAGACUGCAGGUCAGCUUUUGUGACCAUGGUACUUGCCGGGUGUCUGAUCUCUGCUCCAAUAUCUGCCAGCGUGGGCUGCUCCUGGUCUAAGCUGGAGGAGGCUGGGGAAACGGGCGCCAUUUUGGAUCCGUGCGCCUCGCGGGUAGGCCCCAGCGGGGUUUGAAGGAGUCCGUCCACCGGGCCCAAGGAGGGUAUCUGGGGGGCAGCCCUGGGGGUCUGCGGGUGCUCAGAGUCGGUAUGUGUGCAGUAAGUGGCUAUUAGUAGCCCGGUUGCAAGGAGCUCCGGAUUUAGGCGCCCAUGCAGCUCGGACCUCAGGCCACGCCCCCAGUGUUAAUUUUUAACGGCAAAUUUCAAUUUAGUUUUAGUCAUAGCCUUUUGACAAAAAGCCAUUUUAAUUUUAGUCAUAUUUUAGUCAUCAGAAUUGUUUUAGUUUUAGUCUAAUUUUACUCGACUAACCUCCAGUAGAUUUUAGUCGGCACGACUAAAAUUUAAUGGGUUUAGUUAAAGCCUCUAUCUGUCUCUUUUGCCCCUUCCCCUGCCCCUCUAUGUAGUGUUAAUUUUGGCGCCAAAUUUCUAUUUCGUUUUAAUCAGUCUUUUGACUAAAAUGCCAUUUUAGUUUUAGUCUUAUUUUAGUCAUCUUAUUUUUUUUUAAUCUAGUUUAAAAUUUGACUAAAAGUGUUAGUCAACAAAAUUAAGACUGUUAUGCGCAGCAUUAAUGUGGCCCUCAGAGGGCGAGACAGUUACAAGUCUGAUAUAAAACAAACCUUUGGAGCAGAACGUUAUUCUGGGGAUAUUGACUGAUAAAUGUAUACUGCCUCUUAGCGCUAGAUCGCGUAGUAUCGAUUUUUAUUGUGUCUCGGGCUCGGUAACCCCAGAGCAUGAUGGGGGAUGGAGGGCUGACGUUGGAGUGUUAAUAUAAACAAAGUACACUAGCUUAGAUUUGGGUUUUUACUGAGAUCAUUUUGCCCGAUUCCUCACAUAAAUGCUUCGUGGAAUGAACGCCAGUCCGCUGCUUCACAACAAGAAAACGAUCCAUCUUCCAGUGACAUGUUGAAAAAUAAUCAACAAGAAAUGACAGAUAUCAAGUCAUAAUAUUGAGGAGGAAUUCCACGUCAGCCGUCACUCAAAGCACCGUUAAAACAAUUUAUUUUCAAGCUGUACGUUUCUAUAGCGACUAGAUAGAGGAUGCCAUAGUAUGUGAGCACCCAUGAUGCACUGCUCCUGGCACAUUCUAAUGAUAAACCACCAACAGGACAAUUCACACAAUAAUGGGGAGAUUUGCCAGAGAUAUGGGAAAUAUUGGGGAACCAUGCAGGUAAAUGGGGGCGGGGCUGUGCACGCACUGUGAGAGGAGCUAUGCAGGUAAAUGGGGCGGGGCUUCCACUUCAGCUCUAAAUUCAGUUCAACUAUUUUGGCCUCAAUUUGAAAUUCACUUUGAAUUCUCACUUUAGUGAAUAAGCCUGAUUGUGUAUGUGACAUUAAUAUAGGACGAUGUGAAGGCAAAAUGGAAGGGGCUGUGCACAGUGGCGUACACACAACCCAUGGGGCCCCGGUGCGAAAACUGAUCCGUGGCCCCCCUCCCGCGCGCUUACUCUGCGCGGGCUGGGGCCGCAACACAUGGCGGCGGGCAGGGGUCGCAGGGCUGCGACCCCUGCGACCGUGAUAUGUACGCCAGUGCAUGCAGAUACACAUACACUUAAAGGACCACUACAGACACGCAGAUCACAUCAGCUCAAUGAAGUUGUCUGGGUGCCAGGUCCCUCUAGUUUUAACCCUGCAGCUGAAAACAUAGCAGUUACAGAGAAACUGCUAUGUUUACUUUAGGGUUAAUCCAGCCUCUAGUGGCUGUCUCAUUGACAGCCGCUAGAGGAGCUUCCGCGAUUCUCACUGUGAAAAUCACAGUGAGAAGACGCUGAACGUCCAUAGGAAAGCAUUGAGUAAUGCUUUCCUAUGGGCGGUUUGAAUGCGCGCGCGGCUCUUGCCACGCAUGCACAUUCGGAGCUGAGAGGUGGAUCGGGGCGUAGAGAUCCCCAGCGCCAAGGGGCGCUGGAGAAAGGUAAGUGCGUAAGACACACACACACACACACACUCUCACAAACAGACGCAUACACACUAGCUAACAGACACACACACUCACUGACAGACACACACACCCAGUGACAGACAUACAUACACACUCACUGACAGACAGAGACAUACACACUCACAAAACACACACUCACUAACAGACGCACACAAACUAACAUACUCAGUAACAGACACACACACACUAACACACUCACUGACACACUCUAACACACACACACUCUAACACUAACACAUACACACACUAACACACUGUGGCGAAACCGACCUCGCCACUGGGCAUUGGAGAAGACUGAUUUCCAGCCUCCUGCCAUGUGACUAUGGCCCCUGGGAUGUAUUGCCCUUUAAAGGCAUGAUUUGGGCAUAAUGGAUUUGUGUUGUGCUGCUGCUGGCCCUUUAAGAACCAUCUGGGGACAUACUGUGGAGUUACUGGGUGGCCACCAUUUCCUGUAUCAGAAGCACAUGGUGAGAACAAUGGAUGGCGGCCAUUUUAACUCACAGACACUGUUUGGACUUUUCAACACGGUGCCAUCUCGCCAGUAUUUGGUGCACAGAGACAUUGUGCAGUGGUUUUGGACUAUACAGCAGGGGACACAUUAUACAGUGAUUGUUUUUUAUUUAGCCUGUAUAUGUUCUGCAGAAUCUGCAUUAAACUGUAUCUUCCAAAGUACUGAACGGAUCUGGGUGAAUUUUGGAUAUGUGGUUCACCCAGACCCCCCGGUUCCAAGGAUAAACUUUUCUACUUUUUUUUUUUAUGGGGUUAUUGCAUGUUUUGGGGUCCCUGUGAUGUGUUUUAUGAAACUGUAUUUCUCUGUCUGUGAUAAUUAGAUUACCCAUUGUGUAAGGUAAUCAUAUCACAGGCAGAGGGGAGGAUUUUGUGUGGGAGUGUCUGAGUGUAUUGUACGUGUUAUUGGUUGUUCUGUAAAGACUCUGUGGAACUGGUUUUGGGCAGAAAAGCCAUGCUUCCUUUGGUCACAAAGGACUACGAUCUAUCUUUUGAACCACUGGACCAAUUUGGAUGAUUUUGACAUGUUUGUAUUUGGAGUAUUCUGCUUCUGAAAAUGAGGUGGUGUGAAUAAACCUGGAGUUCCUGCUUAACCCUCAAAGUGAAGUGUCGUCUCAUUAUUGGGGAAGGAUUUAUUGUAUGCUGUUCCAGUUUGACUGCUAGGAGUCUAAACCCAUUCAUAUGGUUUUUGCCUAUUCAGCUGUUCGGUGAUUGUGGUGUCUGCCAGAGUGCUUGGAGUCCUCAGGAAACGCUAGGAGCAUCCUUUAAUGGAGGUACCCAGUCGGGGUGCCAGGUGAUCCAUUACACACACACUCUAACACACACAAACACAUUUUCUUUUAAAAUUUAUUCCCCCCAGCCCCCCUACCUUUGGGAGUACUGAGGGCAUUCCCUGGGGUCCAGUGGUGUCACCGGGCGGGCAGGCAGGCUGGCGGGCUUGCGAGGGAGCACUCUCCCCUGAGUGCCUCCUGUUCAGCUCCCUGGCGUAUCACGUACUGAUACCGGAGCCGGAAGAGGACGUCAAAUAAUAUGGGAGGGGCUGUGAAUGCAGUGUGGGAGGGGCUGUGAAUGCAGUGUGGGGGGGGCUGUGCAGAUAUGGGAGGGCCUGUGAAUGCAGUGUGGGAGGGCCUGUGAAUGCAGUGUGGGAUGGGCUGUGCAGAUAAUAUGGGAGGGGAUUGAUUAUUCUGACAGCUGGAUCAUUAGUAGAGUUUGCACAUUUCAAUAUGUUUCUUUUAUUUUCUCCAGGCUCCUCGAACUCCGGGGCUAUAGCAGGUGCUGUCAUAGGAGUCCUCCUGGCGCUGCUCCUCAUAGCCGCCAUUGUCAUUUAUUUUCUCCGCUACAAAAAGAAACAAAGGAAAGUUCCAAGGCCAGAAUACCGAGGGAGUGAAAUAAGGUCUGAUAAUAUCUAUUAUUUAUAUAUAUAUAUAUACACACACAAAACAACAUAAACCUAACUUUAAAAAUUCAGUGUUGAUGUUUAUAAAUGUGUGAAUUGAUGUCCCCUCCCCCAGUAAACACUGGCAGUACUGAUCAGAAACACUGCGGAGAUAACACACGUCCCCCCAUAGUAUGGCCGCUGCUUGUGCGCACUCUGACCUCUUCUUUCACAAAGCUGUCCUUCCAUGCCCUCCUUGGCCUGAUGGAAUUUACAUAAUAUGCCAGCUUGUGCCUUGCCGAGGCAUGAUGGGAGUCAUAGAGAUUUACAUAAUAUGCCAGCUUGUGCCUUGCCGAGGCAUGAUGGGAGUCAGAGUGAUUUACAUAAUAUGCCAGCUUGUGCCUUGUCGAGGUAUAAUGGGACUCAGAGUGAUUUACAUAAUAUGCCAGCUUGUGCCUUGCCAUAAGCACUUGGAAUUUUCUUAAAACAAAUACCUACAACUAUUACAAACCUUUUUUAGGGAGCAAUCAGUGGAAAAGAGGAUCUAGAACUAGAUAAAGCUAGCCUCGGACCUGAGAUGGGAGAUUUUAGACAGUGAGCAGGAAUCCAAUGAAUCUCUGUGGGUUUAUUCAAUAAAAACGUAGAGCUCUAGCAAACUAGAAUCCAAAUGACAAAACACAGGAUACAGCAGCCGAUCUGGAACAAUUCUCCGACUCAGCUAUAGCCACACCUUGGCUAUUUUAGCCCCAAUUUUACCUUUUGGAUUUUAAUUCCCCACAGUCUGGAGUUUGGUGAAUUAGCCUGCAUGUCGUGGAUUCCCUGGGAUUUAAUGUUAAAGCUGCUGUUUGAAAUUGAAUGAGGUCAAAACUCUGACAGUGUUCAGAUUUUAAAAAAAUCACUAACAAGGAUUUAUCUCCCAUUAUUAUUUUUAACACAGCAAUCAUUGGAUUAGCCAGGUGGACGAUGCCGACAGCCACCAGCUUUAAAGGGACACUCCACUGCCUAAAUAAAAAAAUUAAAAAACAUGUAAUAGUAGAUACACCCCAAUGAAAACAUGCAUGCUUUUAAUGAUGCAUUUUUUUCAUUGUGGUUUAUCUUAACCCCUUAAGGACACGACAUGUGUGACAUGUCAUGAUUCCCUUUUAUUCCAGAAGUUUGGUCCUUAAGGGGUUAAAGGGACACUAUAAUCACCAGAACAACUACAGCUUAUUGAAUUUGUUCUGGUGAGUAGAAUCAUUACCUUCAGGCUUUUUGCUGUAAACACUGUUUUUUUUCAGAGAAAAUGCAGUGUUUAGAUUACAGCCUAGUGAUAACUUCACUGGCCACUCCUCAGGUGGCUGCUAGAGGUGCUUCCGGGGGCAGUGCUGCACAGCGUGACUGACAUUCAGUGUCUCCACCCUCUGCAUGGAGACACUGAACUUUCUUCAUAGAGAUGCUUUGCUUCAAUGUAUCUUUAUGAGGAGAUGCUGAUUGACCAGGGCCAUGUUAGACUUGUGCUGGCUCUGCCCAGAUCUGCCUCCUUGACAGUCUCAGCCAAUCCUAUGGGGAAGCAUUGUGAUUGGCUCAGACAACCACUUCUAAAUAUGUCAGCAGACAGCAGGCAGAUCAGAGGCAGAGGCAGCAGCUGCAGACUUGAAUUCAAGUAAGAUUUUAACUAUAUUUAUGGAAGCAAGGGGGUGGGUUGGGGGGCUAGAUGGUGGUUUUAAACCUGUUUACAUGUUUGUGUUCCUGACCCUUUAGUGUUCCAUUAAAACAGCAUGUAAAAUUUGCAGAUCUCUUGUUUGAAGCCUUUGCAAGCCCUCCCCUUUUCCCCCUGCGCUGGGGAAUCUUCCAAUCAGAGGUUUCUUAUUGAGAGAGAUUCCUUGCACUGUAACCAUUUCAGCCAAAGUGGUUUUGAUGCUUUGAGUGACACUUUAAGAAAGAUACAAUGUAACUCGUGUUUCUUUUUACCAAAAGGGAGGAUGCAACAUCACCAGUGUUACAUGAAGAUCGUCGAGGACCCCAAACAGACUCCAUUUUACAUGACACGCAGGACAGAGAUGAGAACAUGGUUAUAUAGCAAACCCCCAAAAAUGCACUAAUUGUUCAUCAUCAAGUUAAUGCUUUUGUUUUGUUUUUUUAACUAUUCUUGUACAUUUUCACUGAAAUUUUGUUGCUUCAUUACUGUGUUUUUGCACAAAAUAAACAAUUUGACAAGGAAAUUGAACAUUUUAGGCCAAAAUCAUAGAAUUGGUCAAAUUUGCUAGUGUUAUCCCCUUGUUGAAUGACUGCACAUUAAAGGAGAUACAUGUGGAUGACACUCUGAGGGCUUAGUGAGAACAUGUGAUAUCAUUAAUAAGAAUAUUGAUGCGCUAUUUGAUAAGGAUGCAAUAUAAGAAUAUCGAUAGCUAUUUGAUAAAGAUGCAGUAUAAGAAUAUCGAUAGCUAUUUGAGAAGGAUGCAGUAUAAGAAUAUCGAUGCGCUAUUUGAGAAGGAUGCACUAUAAGAAUAUCGAUGCGCUAUUUGAUAAGGAUGCACUAUAAGAAUAUCGAUAGCUAUUUGAUAAGGAUGCACUAUAAGAAUAUCGAUAGCUAUUUGAUAAGGAUGCAGUAUAAGAAUAUCGAUGCACUAUUUGAGAAGGAUGCACUAUAAGAAUAUCGAUAGCUAUUUGAUAAGGAUGCACUAUAAGAAUAUCGAUAGCUAUUUGAGAAGGAUGCACUAUAAGAAUAUCGAUAGCUAUUUGAGAAGGAUGCACUAUAAGAAUAUCGAUAGCUAUUUGAUAAGGAUGCACUAUAAGAAUAUCGAUAGCUAUUUGAUAAGGAUGCAGUAUAAGAAUAUCGAUGCACUAUUUGAUAAGGAUGCACUAUAAGAAUAUCGAUAGCUAUUUGAGAAGGAUGCAGUAUAAGAAUAUCGAUGCGCUAUUUGAUAAGGAUGCAGUAUAAGAAUAUCGAUGCGCUAUUUGAGAAGGAUGCACUAUAAGAAUAUCGAUAGCUAUUUGAGAAGGAUGCAGUAUAAGAAUAUCGAUGUGCUAUUUGAGAAGGAUGCUGUAUAAGAAUAUCGACAGCUAUUUGAGAAGGAUGCAGUAUAAGAAUAUCGAUAGCUAUUUGAGAAGGAUGCAGUAUAAGAAUAUCGAUAGCUAUUUGAGAAGGAUGCUGUAUAAGAAUAUUGAUAGCUAUUUGAUAAGGAUGCACUAUAAGAAUAUCGAUAGCUAUUUGAGAAGGAUGCACUAUAAGAAUAUCGAUAGCUAUUUGAUAAGGAUGCUGUAUAAGAAUAUCGAUAGCUAUUUGAGAAGGAUGCAGUAUAAGAAUAUCGAUAGCUAUUUGAGAAGGAUGCAGUAUAAGAAUAUCGAUAGCUAUUUGAUAAAGAUGCUGUAUAAGAAUAUCGAUGCGCUAUUUGAUAAGGAUGCACUAUAAGAAUAUCGAUAGCUAUUUGAGAAGGAUGCACUAUAAGAAUAUCGAUAGCUAUUUGAUAAGGAUGCUGUAUAAGAAUAUCGAUAGCUAUUUGAGAAGGAUGCAGUAUAAGAAUAUCGAUAGCUAUUUGAGAAGGAUGCAGUAUAAGAAUAUCGAUAGCUAUUUGAUAAAGAUGCUGUAUAAGAAUAUCGAUGCGCUAUUUGAUAAGGAUGCAGUAUAAGAAUAUCGAUGCGCUAUUUGAUAAGGAUGCAGUAUAAGAAUAUCGAUGCGCUAAUUGAUAAAGAUACAGUAUACAAAAUAGAGACCGGUCUGUAUGUGAGUGCACAAAAUAGAGGCCGGUCUGUAUGUGAGGGGACAGAAUAGAGCCCGGCCUGUAUGUGGGUGGACAGAAUAGAGACCAAUUUGUAUAUGAGUGCACAGAAUAGAGACCGGUCUAUUUGUGAGUGGACAGAAUAAAGACCACUCUGUAUGUGGGUGGACAGAAUAGAGACCGGCCUGUAUGUGGGUGGACAGAAUAAAGACCAGUUUGUAUGUGAGUGCACAGAAUAGAGACCGACCUGUAUGUGGGUGGACAGAAUAAAGAUCGACCUGUAUGUGGAUGCAGUAUAAGACCGGUCUGUAUGUGGGUGGACAGAAUAAAGACCGGCCUGUAUGUGGGUGGACAGAAUAAAGACCGGUCUGUAUGUGAGUGGACAGAAUAAAGACCACUCUGUAUGUGGGUGGACAGAAUAGAGACUGACCUGUAUGUGGGUGGACAGAAUAGAGACCGGCCUGUAUGUGGGUGGACAGAAUAAAGACCAGUUUGUAUGUGGGUGGACAGAAUAAAGACCGGUCUAUUUGUGAGUGGACAGAAUAAAGACCACUCUGUAUGUGGGUGGACAGAAUAGAGACCGACGUGUAUGUGGGUGGACAGAAUAGAGACCGACCUGUAUGUGGGUGGACAGAAUAAAGACCGGUCUGUAUGCGAGUGCAGACUAUUUAUACAGUUUAUUCUGCUGACUUUCCUACAAGAACCUUUAUUUUGCUUGACUUCUUUACAAAAAAAUUAUUUUUAUUCAACACAACCUUUAAAACAUAAUUUUCCCUUGUGUCCCUUUAAAUAUGAAAGCAAACACCCGUAGUAAUUGUUCCAUGGGCUGUAAAGACCAGUCAUUUCAUUCUGUUAAUAAUUCAGCCACCGACCUCAGCAGGAUUUAAACGCUCUCACAGCCAAAAUACACAUUACAGGAAUAAAAACGCGGGUGUGAACACAAACAGAAAGCAGACAUACACCAUGUUGUGGGAUCCGGCACUAGUUGUCAUGUCCAUGGUUUCUAUAAAAUAUGGUGUUCUAGUGGGAUUGAGCAGAAGUAUAACUUCAUGGAGGGGGUUCCUUAUCUGUAAACCAAUGCCAGUUAGCAGAUAACAGUAUAGAGGAUUAAAUUGGGAACAUUUCCUUGGUAAAUCAGAUGGAUAAAAGCCAAUAGAAUGGUUCCUGAAUUAUUUUGGCAGAAGUACUUUGAUAUAAGAAUGGAUGAGAUUUACUGGCUGACACAAAGAUUGACCCGUGGCUAUAGAACUCUACCAGCACUGAGCAGAGGAUCCAGAACGGAGGUGGAACACUCGCACAGGAACAAAAUAGUAUCCAGAACAGUUAUUUCUUUAGUUCUGGACCUUUAAUGCGUGCAAGAACUUGGACGUUGUGCCAAUCAUCGACAGGAAACAAUGUGUCCAAGUCCCGUUCCCACUGCGGAAUGCAUGGGGAGAUUAGGUGGUUUAUUGGGAGAGAAUUCAUCGUGCCCACUGUAGAUUGUCUGAAACGAGUUAGCACAUGGAGUGGUUGAGGCAAAGACAAAUCUUUUUCUUAUUAUGUGUCUACAUGUGAUUACAGAUAUCUGUAAGUGGGAUAGCACAUUUCUCCUCUAGCAAAUGAAAAAGGGCCAGAGUGCCUCAGUCAAAUACAUAGUGCCCCCUAGAGGACAAAUCUAGUAUUGAACUAACAGGAACUCCAUUCAUUUAUGUUAAAUAAAUGUUAUUAUAUACAUAGAAAAUGAGAGACAGUGAUGUUACAUUCGCCUUGAUUUUGCUUUGAAUUUAAUUCGGAUUUAUUUGGAAGAUAGUGAAUAAAUGAUCAUAUACAUGUUUGAAAGGGAAGAUUAUGUGAUUGUCCAAGGAGAUAAUGACUAUCAAUAAAAUUCCUAAAUCAGCUUUUAUAAUUAUCUAUCAUAUCAUCUAUUAUUUUUAUAGACUUUAUGAAUAUUAGUUUUCCAUCUAAUACACAGAAAUCAUUUUAUCAUACAUUUUAGUGAUAUGCUGUGGCUUUUAGAAAUUUAAACAAACAAUUUAGGUUUUUGCUGCAAUAAGUGACAAUUACAAGUUAUUUUUUUUUCAUUUUUAUUUUUUCUUGCUUAAAUUACAGAAAAUUGUGUUUCUAAAAUUGUACAUAAAUAGAGAGAGAAUUCAGAUUUCAGAAAAUUCGCCAGAAUUCAUUAUUGCAGAAUUAAAGUAAAGAGAUUUCUAAAUGAAUCAUUUUCUUUCAUACAGACUGCUAGGAUUCAUGCAAGCAGGUUCUGUCCAAGUUUACAAAGCAAAUUCGAGCAAAACAUGAGAAUUAAUUAAAUCACAACAUUUCACAGCAACAGGAGAGGAAUCUGGGAAAUUAAUUAGACAAAACUGAAAAAAAUAAAAUAAAAAGUAUUAAAUUUCAGAAAUAAAUUACACAUUCCAGUGGCCACUGUCAGGAUCUUGAUCUUCAGGACAGGUGAAUAAACGCACCGAGGAUUGCUGUGGCCCCUGGGUACACCUUGUAUCAUUCCAAAACCUGAAAUGAAAAUAGAAAAAGCGUAUCAUGUACUGCGCUACAUUACAUGGUCACGGAAUAAACGAUGGGAUGCAAAUUACAAUGUAAUACGGAUAUGGAAUGUACAAUGUCAUCCUGAUACAGAAUGGAACAGGGCGGCAGAUGUGAUCGCUGUAACGGCUCAUAAUAUAGUACGCAAUUAUAUGGAAUAGAAUAUGGC